AUGGAACUUGCCCAAAUAAGCUAUCUUGGGUAUUCGUGCAUUGAUCUAGGCAUAGACUCAAAUCUGAUAGUGCUUCCGGAAGCCUAUCUCCACAUCGUGCACUCGUCUUACGCUCUUCAGUGGCUCUCCAAGGUUCCCCCGGAAAUUAUGGACAAAGGCUCUCCAGCAUGGAACAAGGGUAAGAUUUACUGUGCAGGGAACGAGAAAGAGGUCACCAAGGUUUACUUUGCUCAGUUUAAGGCAGACAUGGAUGCCUUUCUAAAAGCUAGGGCUCAAGAGCUUGUUGAGGGAGGGUUGUUGGUGGUUCAAAUCCCUGGUGUUCCCAACUCUAAUGUCCUUCCAUCUCAGAUUGGUGGUGGCCUAAAUUGCGAACUCUUGGGAGAUAGCUUGGCUGACAUGGUGAAGAUGGGAGUCAUAACUGAAGAAAAAGUGGACUCGUUCAACUUGCCUCGGUAUUCGCCAAGCAUUGAGGAGGUGAAGAUAGUCGUCGAAAUGAACGAGUGUUUUACCAUUGAGAAAAUUUGUUCUUUGAGUCACCCCUCCAACUACGACCCGAGGCCCUUGGAUAUUGAAAGGACUUGUGCAGACGUAAGAGCUAUCCUGGAGAACCCCAUGCAGGAUCAUUUCGGAAGUGAAAACAUGGACCAACUCUUUCAUCUCUUUCGGCAAAAAUCUGCAAAAGAAUCGACUGCUCUAUGACAAGGUGGUCAGACAAGAUGUUUACCAUUUUGCCCUUCUAAAACGCAAAGGCAAUAUUUAGCUAAAUCCACCACAAAUCUAUUUGUGGGUUUGGAAAACUUUGGGUCAUUUUAGUUCUGAAUAAUGGAGGCCACCUCUCUGUCUCCUCGAGGUCUAAUUAGUCCGUGCUCCUGGAGUACAACCAAGUGGCACUACGUGGCUGUCUUCCGUGAUUACUGAAUUGUUACUCUCCACAAGCCUUUUAUCUUAAUUAAUAUUAGCAUCAUUAUUAUUAUUGAAUUUGCAAUUGGUCGAGCCUAUGUUUCUGUCGUUGGUUGAAAUUAAUAAAAGAAGCUAUGUUUUGUUGCUUCGCUUAUAAGGACAAAUAAACAUGUUGUGUUGUUCUCA